GUUCUCUCCCCUCGCAUCUCACUGUGGCUUGCGUCUGUCUGCCCCGGCGCUUUGUUGAUUUAGAUGUCUGGUUUCGGUGUAGUGGAUUCAUUUGUAGGCCCUAGUGGUAAACGCUAGUAGUGUUCCAGUUUGAAUCUUCCAAACUUUGCAAAGUGUUCAUCUUCUCAUCCCUGAACUUUUGAAGCCUGGUGGCAAACUACGUACAGAAGUGGAUUAUCUCUUCAAUUCCGAACUCUGUGCCUUGUGGUUGUGGCUACUUAUCUCGUAAAGGACGACAGACGUCCAACCUUGGGUGGCUGGAGGGCGCCACUGAGAGUAGCCAAUGAUCUUACCGAGGCGUGAGGUGUGAACGUAUUAGAGCAACAGGAUGGAGCCACGUGAUCAUGUUGCCUUGUCAACACUGCCCCUACAGCUGCUGCUUCUCCUCGCCGUGUCCAGCACCGUGACGUCACUAGGCGUGCUGCGGACGUUCCGAGACCCCGAGGACAACGCCUUCCAGCGACUGGCGGUCCACGCACCAUCUGGCACCGUCCUGGUGGGGGCCACGAACCGUCUGCACCGGCUCAACGCCAACCUGACCUUGCUGCAAAGCGCUUCUACCGGGCAGCGGGACGAUAACCCUGACUGCCCCCCUCCCAUCAUGCCCUGCUCGGAGCCGAAGACGCCCACGGAUAGCGUGACCAAAGCCCUCGUCGUCGACCCUGAGAGCGAGUCCGCCAUUGUGUGCACAAGUCUCUUUCACGGCUCGUGCCAAACGGUGCGCGUGAAGAACAUCACUUCGGUCAUCAAAUACGUUCAGAAACCCGUGGUGCCCAACGAUGCGGAGUCUAGCUGCGUCAUGUUUGUGUCGCCCGGAGCUGAUAAGAAGCCCAGUUUGUAUGUCGGGGCGGAAUACAGCGCUUUAGGAAACUCCGCCUAUCGCGAUUUGGUGCCCAGUAUUAGCAGCAGGAAGCUGGACUCACUCGACUUCGCCUAUCGCGACUCGGAGGGUGGUACGACCAUGAGCGUGAAGAAGUCUCUACGCAAAGAUUUCCCCAUCCGUUUUGUACACGGCUUCUCCCACAACGGCUUCGUCUACUUCAUCCUGGCCCAGAAAAAGGACGCCAAAUCCUCCGAGAUGGUCUCCCGCAUCGCGAGGCUUUGCGAGGGCGACAAGUAUUUCAGGUCGUACGUGGAGGUCCCUCUGAGGUGUCGAGACGGUGACAUGGACAGCCAAGCGUCCGUUGUGGCGCAGGAUGCGGCUGUGGACGGUGACCAGCUGGUGGUCAGUUUCUCUCCGGACAGUGAGAGCGGCAGUCUGUCGUCGCUGUGCCAGUACAAGAUGGCCGACGUGAACGCCGUGUUGGACGGAACAGUGGCCGAGUGCUAUAAGGGGCAGGGCAAGGUGGGGCCCGUGCAUUACCAGACGCUGAGGACGUGCAUGAGAGUGCUGUCGUUCCAGCUAGAGACAGUGUCGCUGACCCCCAGCAGUGACCUUGACCUGGGCUGCCUGUACCAGGCGGGUGGCAGCGAGCACCGGACCGAGGCCUCCAUCAGCAACACGCGGGAGGUCAGCUGCCCGCUCCCGGCCAGUGGGAAGCUCCCGCAGAUACCUCAGGGUAAGGAUCAUGAGCAGCUCUCUGUGCAUUUCCACGUGAAAGGAAAGUCCAUCGUGACCCGCAGUGUGUCUGUGUACAACUGUGAUGUCCAUACCUCUUGCACAAGUUGUACUGAGAGCACGUUUGGCUGUCAAUGGUGCUACACAUCUGGCAAGUGUCUGGAGCCUCGCGCUCAGUGUGCUGACAACAGCGGCAAGGAGGGGCCAGGCAUCAAGAUCAAGGAUAACUGCCCUCACAUCUGGACACAGUCAAGUGACGAAGGUAUCCUGGUACAUUCUGGCCAGAGCAAGCAAAUAGCCGUGAGAAUUCUCAACCUCCAGCCGGGGCAAAACGACAAUGUGAAGUGUUCCUUCAGCUACCUGGGAAAGAGGGAAGUUGUGAACGGAGCCAUUUCGUCGACCAGCUUGUCAUGUGACCCUGUCCAGUUCAGCUUCUCGGAGGAAAGUCCGUACGUUGUGGCUGAUUUCCAGGUCACCUGGGGAGCCAAUGGUCUCCCCUUGGACAACCCCAAUGAUGUUCAAGUCCGUAUCUACAAGUGCCAGUACAUGGUGGCCUACUGCGGCCAAUGUCUGUCCAUGGACUCCGAGUACGACUGCGGCUGGUGCCAGGAGCCCUGUGUCGACAAGGAUCACUGUGACGGACGCUGCACGCUACAGAAGAACUGCUCCAACCAAUGGCUGGACCGUGGGGCCACUUGCCCUGACCCACAGAUCACCAGGUUCAGUCCUGCUACGGGCCCCAUCAAAGGCAUGACGCUGGUCUCUGUGACGGGCAUCAACUUGGGCAAGUCUCCCAAUGACCUGACGGCCGAGGUCGCUGGACGUCCCUGUACUAUCAAGUCUGACCAUUACCAGUCGUCCACAAGGUUCCUGUGUGAAGUGGGUCCGGUGGAUACCGUGAGCAGUGGAACCAUCUCCGUGACGGUGGAUGGUCAGUACACAGCGACGUCUGCUGCAGAGUUUGAGUUUGUGGAUCCUGUGCUGGUCUCGCUAUUCCCCAAGUCCGGGCCAGUGUCAGGGGGAACAACUCUGACCAUUCUCGGUGACAACCUGGAUGCUGGCAGCGACACCAGUGUCAAGAUGGAGGGAGGAAUCUCUGACGUCAUCAGGGGUAACAAGACGAGCCUGGAGUUCAAGAUUCCCGCCAAGUCGGGGACCAAUGACGACGUGACGGUAGAGGUGAGCUUUGGAGGCUACAGGAAACAGGUGGCGGAGACCUUCUCCUACAAGCCUGACCCCACAGUGUCCAUGAUCGAACCUUUGAAGACAAUCAUGAGUGGAGGAACAUCGGUGACUGUCAGAGGAGAUGGCCUUGACCUCAUCCAAAAACCCGAGUUCUUCACAACAUAUGGUGGAAAAUUCUUCAAAGAGGACUGUGAAGUGAUGAGUGUGAACAUCAUGGAAUGCCAGGUCCCCGCGAUCAAGGCACCGGCUGUGAAUGUGACGGAGACCAGUCCCUUAGAGGUGCAUUAUGGGUUCAACAUGGCGGGCGUGGGGGCUCUGAAGAACGUCUCCCACGAAGCCUCGUUUGGACCGAUGCUGUACUUCCCAGACCCGUAUGUCGCCCUUUUCUCUGAAGAGGAGCGCACCAAACAGUUCCAAGAAAGUGACUUGCUUUCCAUCCAGGGUCGCUUCCGUAUGGUGAACGUUCUGAUGGCUAGUGUGCACGUGUAUGUUGGAGAGGAGCUGUGUGACCAGAUUUCUGCGAGUGAUUCUGCCAUCACCUGCGAGCCUCCCGCAAGCACACCAGAUGGGACAGACUCCACUGGCAAAGCACCCGUUACUGUCCAGAUUGGCAACAUGGAAUCUGUGCCGGGUUAUCUACGCUACUACUCCCCCGCUGACUCUAGCAAGCCCAUCGCGCUGGGCGUGAUCCUCGGAGUGGUCCUUCCCAUCCUGUUCAUCGUCAUCCUUCUCACCAUCUGUGUCUUGAGGAGGCAUCGCAAACACAAGCCUGACCAGAACUUUAUCCCUGAUGUCUUGAAAGAUUACGAGGGCAAGAAAGAAGGAGAGGAGGAGAUGAUUGGUAUGGAUAAUGUCCCUGUGAAAGUGGACAUGAACGGUGGACAACUGGACAAGAAUUCUGAUUCCACUCCGUACAUCAAUGAACUUCUGGCCAAGUUUGAAGAACCUGUGCUGAAGCAGAAUCUCGCCGCUGCCAUCAUCUCUCGCAAGAAACUGGACAUCGGUGAUGUAGUCGGACAAGGCCACUUUGGAGUCGUGUACAAAGCGGUGUACAAACACACGGAGCCAGACAAGAUGGCCGACGUGGCUGUGAAAACAUUACAAGCUCAACGGUCGGAGGCCGAGGCUCUACAGCAGUUCCUGCAGGACGUGGCCAUGGCCAGAGACCUAAGUCAUCCCCACCUUCUGCGUGUGGUUGGCGCCGUGGUCAGCCCCAGCGAUGACCCCAUUGUAGUCACUCCAUUCAUGGCCACCGAGGACCUGGGUUCAUACGUUCGUGAACCGGCAAAGAUGCUGAGUCUGUGUGAGCUGCUGACCUACUGCCACCAGAUCUCAGAUGCCAUGGCUUACCUGGAGAACCUGAGGAUCGUCCACCGCAACUUGGCUGCUCGCAACUGCAUAAUACUGGAAGAAGACGGCAAGCCAGCUUCCAUCAAGCUGACCGACUAUGUGGUCACGGGCGGCCUGUUCCCUAAGGAGUUCUACGUUGCUGAGGAUGGGACAGCUUCUGACCUGGUCAGAUGGAUGGCCCCAGAGACCGUGGAAGAUUUCACCUUCUCCUCCCAGUCAGAUGUGUGGUCGUUCGGAGUGGUCAUGUGGGAGGUGCUGACCCGUGGAGUGGAGCCAUACCCUGGCACAGAGCCGAGCCAGGUCAUUGCAGAGGUCAAGGAGGGCAAGAGACUGCCCAAGCCCAGACAGAGUCCGGAGGAUGUCUAUCAGAUCAUGACCAAUUGUUGGUCUGGGUCCCCUGGCGAACGCCCUAGUUUUGUCCAGCUGAUGGAGCAGCUAGCGACCUACACCGCCGGGGAAGAGGCUGAGGCUGGUACAGAGUCGCAGCCCUUGACAACGCCUGUGGAGGUGGGAGGUGCCGAGGACUACAAGGCUCUGAGUGACUAGAAGAAGCUGUCGUCAGCGCUGGAAUCAUAAUCUCAUAGUAUUACAGAGGAUGCUCUCUCACUCUCAUACAGUUGAAACAAAAGUUAAGGACCACUUUGACAGACAGUCCUAUUAUUUUUAAAAAUAUGCGGAAAAAAAGACAGCAA